UUAUAUUGUUAAAACUGCCCUGGAUCUGAUGCCAUCCGAUAAUCACAAAAUUGUAAUCAGAGCUGAUAAAACACCUGCAGGUCAACAUACAAGACGUUUUAAUGCACCAACUAUUAAUGAAGUUGCUAUCGUUGUAGUUGGAGAAAACUUGGAAUCCCGUGAUAUUGUUUUACGUCGUCGGAAUGAUCAAUUACAACGUAUAAAGGAAACACACCGCUCAUAUGAUGCACUGCAAUAUCCCAUUAUAUUUUGGCAAGGUGAAGAUGGCUACGAUUUCUCAAUAAAAAUGAUAAAUCCCAUUGCAGGUUCUGAAACCAACAAAAAAGUCAGUUCAAUGAACUAUUAUUCAUACCGCCUAAUGAUUCGGGAAAAUGAAGAUAAUCACAUAUUGAAAUGUCGGCGAUUAUAUCACAAAUAUUGUUGUUGA